AUGGCUCGAGCUACACAUAUACUUGGACUUGGGACGAUUAUCCUUGGAAAAACUACCGCUUCCGGUUAUGCGGCUGGUGUGACAUCUACUCCAAGCGUGGCAUCGGAAGUCACAUCUAAAGCAUCAAGUUGGGUAGCAUCUUCAGCUCCUGCAGCAUAUACAGCUCCAGCAGCAGAGGGCUCUGCUGUGACCGUUACCAAGACUGUGACUGGAGAUUGCGGUGCUUCUGUUGGAUCUGAAGUAGCUAGUUCAACUUCAUCAAAUUCUAUGUGGUGGCCUCCAGCAUCAGAAACAGCUGCCUCUGGUGUAGCUUCAUCUACUCAUGCAUAUACAUCCUUAGCUUCCAGCUGGACCAGUGCCGCAGCAUGGGGAACGGGAGCCAAGACCUCCUCUAAAUACACAUGGGGAACCGCUGUAACGUCGGCCCCCAUUGUUCCAACAUAUGCCUCCGACAUAACCUCCCACACUACCAUCCACAUUACCUCUGAUCAAUCAGUCACUCUCACAACUUACUCCACCUCCACCGUCCAAACCAAGACCAGUGGGUCUACAGUAUGGACCACUACGACCGGAUGGCUCACCGUUGUGACAUGCGAUGCCUCUACUGGCAGCGCAUACGCCACCGGUUACGAGAUCCGGUUAUUCAGCAGGCACAGGCUACUAUGGAACCGGGACUUUAGUCGGCCCUUACAACAACUCGACAAAAUAAAAACAGGAACUGCAGCUUUAGAAUCUUCAGCCAUAACCACUGCGGGUGCCUAUGAUACCUCCGUCUUAUCAUUCAGUACUGCGACCCCUACUUCGGGAAGUACUUCCAAAUCGACACUUUAUAUCAAUCCACCUUCCAGCACGGGAAUAGCAAGUGACGCUACGGGAAUCAACGGGACAACGGGAGCGCAACAAACUACCAUUUCGGCGGAUUCAGAUAAAGUGAGGAUUUCAUUUGUGGUAUUGGGAGUGGUGUGUUUAACAAACUUGUUCUUGUUUUAA